AUGAAUCUUUCUUCUGCAGGGGCCACCUGGAACCCUCUCGAGGACGCGCCCCAGCCGGACUGGCGCGCCCGCCAGGCUGCAGGGAAGGGUCGAGGCGCGCGGGGUAGCGGGCGAGCGCUCCCGGCAGCCGGUCCCUCCACCACUCCGGCGUCUGCCCUGGAGCCGCAGCGAGGCUCACUCCGCCCGCAGCUCCGCCGAGCCGCUCUGGGCGCUGCAGCGGCUGAAGCCGCCGGAGCUGCGCGCUCGCCAGGACGCAGACGGCUGCAGAAGUCGGGGCAGCCCCGGUGCGGCGGCACUGUGAAUGGCUCGGGUGGCCUGGACACCGAGGACACGAACGAGGCGCGCGGCCGGGGUGGCUGGCAGCCUGAGGCGGUCAUCGUGCCCAUGCUAUUUGCGCUCAUCUUCCUCGUGGGCCCCAUAGGCAACUCACUGGUACUGGCCGUGCCGCUUCGUGGUGGCCAGGCGGUCAGCACCACCAGCCUGUUCAUCCUCAGCCUGGGCGUGGCCGACUUGUGUUUCCCCGUGUGCUGCGUGCCCUUCCAGGCCACCAUCUACACCCUGGACGGCUGGGUGUUCGGCUCGCUGCUCUGCAAGGCCGUGCACUUCCCCAUCUUCCUCGCCAUGCAUGCCGGCAGCUUCACACUGGCUGCCGUCUCCCUUUCUGGCCUGACCCGCAGGUAUCUGGCCAUCCACUACCCGCUGCACUCCCGCGAGCUGCGCACGCCUGGCAACGCCCUGGCGGCCAUGGGGCUUAUCUGGGGGCUGUCGCUGCUCUUUUCCGGGCCGUACCUGAGUUACUACCGCCGCCAGUCACGGUUAGCCAACCUGACCGUGUGCCGCCGCGCCGUGGACCUCUGCACCUUUGUCUGCAGCUACCUGCUGCCCGUGCUGGUGUUCGGCCUGACCGACGCGCGCACCCCGCGCUACCUCCGGCGCGCCGUCGACCCGGUGGCCGCCGGCUCGGGCGCCCGGCGCGCCAAGCGCGAGGUGACGCGUAUGAUCAUCAUCGUGGCCGCGCUCUUCUGCCUCUGUUGGAUGCCUCACCACGCGUUUAUCCCCUGCGUGUGGUUCGGCCCCUUCCCCCUUACGCGCGCUACCUACGCUCUGCGUAUCCUCUCGCCCCUGGCCUCCUACUCCAACGCCUGCGUCAGUCCUAUCGUCUACGCUCUCGUCUCCAAGCACUUCCGCAAGGGCUUCCGCGAGAUCUGCCUGUUGGCCGCGCCCGCCCCGCGCAGAGCCUCCGGCCGCGUGUGCGUCGCGGCCCAGGGCACCCACAGCGGCAGCGUGCUGGAGCGCGAGUCCCCCGACGUAACGCACGUGAGCGAGGCAGGCGGGCCCUCUGCUCCUGCGCAGGCGCCUCUUAGCUGCCGGCCCUCGAGCUCGGUUCCCAGCCUGACCCGGCGGGACCAAAAGGCUCCCAAAGCCAUCUUGACAGUUAAUCCGCUGCUGACGGCCCUGUGGCCCCUGCUCCGCCUCACCUUCCUCAGGCUCGGAACCCCACGGCCCUUGGCUCGGGAGUGUGGCUUCAGCAUGCCGGCGGUUGACUGGCCAUCCUUCUUCAACCUCAACUCACCCCAGGAGGUUCAGGAAACCAUCCAGAUUCCGAACAACGGAAGCGCGCCCCUGCUCGUGGACGUGCAGGUGUUUGUGUCAAACGUGUUUAACGUGGACAUCCCGCGGUACACAGCGUCCUCCACGACGCUGCUUCGGCUGUCCUGGCUGGACACUCGCUUGGCCUUGAGCUCGACUGGGCACCGGCAGGGCAGAGUCACGCUGCCCUGGGACUCUCUCUGGACACCAGGACUCACUAUCCGGGAGGCGCUCUGGGUGAACUGGCAGGACCACAGCCCACAGGCCCGAGUGGACCGGGAUGGCCACAUCGAACCCUACCUGGCCCUCACCAGGGACACCAACUGUGACUUUGAGCUUUUCCACUUCCCCAGGGACCAGAGCGACUGCAGCCUCAGCUUCUUCGCUUCUGGCAACACUGUGAUGGAGCUGGAGUUCCAGGCCCACACGGUGAAUGAGAUCGUGAGUGUCAAGAGAGAAUACGUCGUAGUUCAGGAUUUGAAAACCCAAGUCCCAUCCCAGCAGCUGGUGCCCUGCUUCCAGGUGACAGUGCGCCUGCAGGACACGGCGCUAAAGGCCAUCACGGCGCUCUUGGUACCCGGGGAGGCGCUGCUGUUGGCUGACCUGUGCGGGGCGCUGCUGCUGCCCCUCCGGAUGGAGCGCGUCGCCUACAAGGUGACCCUGCUGCUGGGCUACCGCGUCCUCCGCUCCUCCCUGGUUCAGGCCCUGCCCAGCUCCUCCUCCUGCAACCGGCUGCUCAUUCGCUACUUCACUGUCCUGCUGCUGCUCAUCAGCGCCACGGAGACCGGGCUGUUGUCCGGACUGCUGGCCCACAGCAACCUCAGGGCUGAGGGCAGCCCCAGCCCAGGCCCGAGAGGGGAGCAGCACGACUGUGGGAAGCCAGGGCCUAACCCUGAAGGUGGGCAGGGCCUGAGGGGUUGGGCUGUGACAGGGUCUCAGGAAAGAGGGGGCAGGGAGGUCGACUCUCUUCCCUAAGCCUGGAGGACCCCAGGCCACCCUGAGCUCUCCCUUCUGUUAGCACGCGAGCAAAGAGUGUGGAAUAAACCCAUCAUCCCAGUGCAAGGGCGCCUCGGGGGUCUGAGCUCGGCUGUUCACUCUUAUCGCAGUAGGUGGGGCCCAUCUCGUGCCCCCGACCCCCUCUACCCCAGAUCGUCGCACGAUUGUUCACUGGUCACCCAGUCCCCACACGCAGCCUGACUGCUCCUCUGCAAACACUGCUGCUCGGCUCCAGGCCCGGGGUGGUCAGAGCUCCUUCUGUGAAGUCCUGCAGAGUGCUGGCCCUCAGAGGGCAGGGGAGAGAGCACUCCUGCCCCAGCCACCAGGGGGAUGCCUCGGCGGCAGAAGCCCCCAGACCGCAGGACUGCGGGGAUGGGGAAUGCGUUCUCUGCACUGAAUCCAAGAGCGGGUCAACCCUGCUGGCUUUUCUCCAGGCCCUGUGGCUGCAGUGUGGCCCGCUCCUCCGAGCCCAACCCUCACGCCUGGGCUGAAGGGGGUUCUCCGUCCCCAACUCCGAGCUGGCCCGGAGGUGGCCUUGCUCUGCUCUCCUGCUCCUGUCCACACGAGGCAGCUGAGGGCACAGACCUCUGUCUUCCUUCUCUGUCCUUCCUGCCUCGAAGCCGUCACGUGGCCCCUGCGGGCUGCAGUCAGGGUCACGAAACCCAAGGCGUGGAGGAACCCCAGGGUUCCGGGAGAGCGCUGCUUGUGUGGGGAAUGGGGGCUGCGAGAG